AUGUCAACCGCCCCUCCUUGGCGCCAGCUCUCCCCGCAGCUCUUCCUCGGCCUGAGCGUCGGACCCGACCGGCUUGUCGCGCGCGUCACCGACCUGCGCGGCUGGUGGGGUUGCCGCUACAAUGCGUCGGACCUCGAGCCGCAACGUGCGGCCGACAGCAUCGAGAAUUCCGCGGCUGAGCUUCUCAGCCUGGUGGCGCGCUGCUACGCCGCGGGCGAGGACGAUGCCGACCUCGCGGGUUGUUACACGUUCGACGUCGCCAUCCACGCGGACGCCUGCCCGCCUACCCUCUCCUGGGACAUUGGGGUCACCAAGCUCGUGUUUCGCCUCACGCCCGACGCUGACCCGGCCGCGAGGAUUCGGGACGAGCUGCUGCUCCCGCUGAUGCACGCGGUGGAUCUCCUCGAGGCGGAGGCCGACGCCGCCACCGUCGAGCGGCUGCGGCUACAGCACGACUCGGCGCCGCCGGCGCUGCAGCUGCCCGACUUUCGCCGCCGGCCGCUCCUCGCCUCUCUGCUCCGUCCGCGCGAGGCCGCGCCGAUCGUGGUACCAGGCAGUGGCGCUGACCAGCCGGCGGCACGGCUGCCCGGACCGGCUCAAGGUGAGCCAGAGGUCUCGGCGCAGUCGGCGGGCAGCGGCGGCGGUGGUGGCAGCGGCGGCGGCGGCGGCGGCGGCGGCGGUGGCAGCGGCGGCGGCGGCGGCGGCGGCGGUGGCAGCGGCGGCGGUGGCGGCGGUGGUGGCGGCGGUGGUGGCGGCGGCAGCGGCGGUGGUGGCAGCGGCAGAGAGCCAGAAGAGGACGAGGCUGCUGCGCACCUCCGGCGUGUGAGGCAGAAGAGGGAGGCGGCCGCGGCAAAGCAGCGGAAGGCGGCUUUUGCCGGCUCGAACUCGCUGAAACUCUCGCCGCAACACCACAGCAGCGCCAUGCUGCGCCCACAGCGAAUCGACAGCGCUGCUGUUCGCGCCUGGUCAUCGCGGUGGAGCCUAUCAGCGCUGGCACGCGAGCCGCUGGGGCUGACGGCCAAGCGGAGCGCCUCGCCCGACUUCAUGUACGUGGCGGCGGCGAGGAGGGAUUCGCUGCUGCCCGACACGUCGGCUGCACAUGAGGAGGAGGUCAAUCUGACGGCGGCGGAGCUCGUGGCCGCCGUUCAAUCGGCCGGCCCGCCGCACCACUACUUCACCUCGCCGCUCGACUCGCUCGGUCGGCUCGAGUCGCUCGGUCCUGUGGACGGGUGGGAGGAGCUGCUGCCCCAGGCGCCGAGCGGUCGGCGGCCGUGGUUGCAGCUCUGGGCCUCCUCGGCGGGUAGCUUCACGCAGGCGCACUACGACGUCGCCGACAACUUCUUUGUCCAAUGUGACGGCCGCAAGCACUUUCUGGUCUGGCCGCCGUCGAGUGCAGAGGCGCUGCGCGUCUUCCCGGACGCGCACCCGCGCGCCCGCAAGGCGCAGAUCGAGGUGGAGGCGGCGCUGGCCGCCGCCGCCGCGCAGAGCGACGACGAGGUGCUGCGGGCGCAGCUGCGGCAUGAGAUGAUGCCGGGGCUCGCCCCUCGCCCGCUGCCGCCGCCGCUCCACUUCGACCUCUCGCCGGGCGAGGCGCUCUUCAUUCCCGCCUUCUGGUUCCACCACGUGCUCACCCUCUCGCCCGCCCUCUCCCUCAACGUCUUCAGCCCCUCCGCCGUCCCGUCCUCCGCCGCGGAGUGCAGGAUUUGGUCCUCCACCCUCCCUCGUCCACCACCACUCCCUCCACCAGGCCUCGCGACGCUGCUGGACUCGCUGCUGUCGCGAGGCGUCACCAGCGGCGGAUUCGUCUCUGGAGGGAACGUCCUCUCGCGCGCGGUGCUCGCGGGCGGAGGCGAGCGGCGUCCCGACCUCCUCCGCCGACUCCUCUCCUCGCGGUACGACCCGCUGCGAGCGGCAGGAGGGGCGGAGGAGGAGGGAGCGCCUCCCCACGCCGCACGGCGGGCGCGGGCGGCGCCAGCGGACCCUCCUGACGAGGCGGCGCUGCGCGAGGCGCUCGAGGAGCACGCGGCGGUGCUGGCCGCGCGCUUCGACGCGCUCCGCGAGGCGAUCGUCGCGGCGCAGCGAGUGGCGCCCCCGGGGGCGAGCGAGGGGGGCGCGCGCUACUCUGCGUGGGAGCAUCACGAGGGCGUGGCGGCGCUGCUGCUCGCCCACCUCGUCGAGAUGUGGUGCUUGCGCCUCUUCGGCCCGGCGAGGCUCGAGGAGGAGCUGCGCCUGCUAGCAGAGCACGCAACGAUACCGCACUCGUGUGCGUAG